AUGGGAGUCGACCCUCUAUCUCCAAUUGCGCCGGUGCGCCUGCGGGCGUUACUGCUUCCAAUUGGCAAGAUCAAGCGCUCACGCUUCUUGAGCUUCGCCGCUAGACUACAAGCUGAGAAUGUGGUGCGGCUAGGGGACAUUAGUCCCGACUCUCGUCCAAACCGAAAUAUGUUCUCCCCGCUUGCCUUCCCCACUGGAAUGAUUCUCUACGAUUUGUCCUUCUCCGUUCCCCCCACCUCGCAUCUGGAGCUGUUCCCAUUCGAGAUAUUCAGAGAGCCGCUGGUCAUUAUCGCUAUAGCCGACGGUAGAGAGCUGUCACAAAGCUCUGGAGCCAAUGCAAAGCAUCCCACGCCGCAGGAAUUGGACCACUUACAAGAGGAGCUAGAUGCGGUGAAGGAGAGAAACCCGCGGGCAUUGGUGAAUCAACUCCUGGUCUUCGACUAUGAGGGCCUUGAUAGUAUCACCAAUGGUCCAGAGAAUGUUCUCUGGGUUCCUCGGCCCGAAGCCUCCAAGGCGACUACUAUGAAAACUGUCCUGUGCGAUAUCACUUCCAUCCUGCUAUCAGAGCUGGAUGAAUUCGCCAAGACAAUUCAAAAUAUCCCGUCGAUAGAGUCACCUAGAGCUUCAUCAUGGGGCCCAUAUCGAAACCCGGAGUUGCGGCCGCGACCUGUGGACCGACUGUUAAAUCGGAUGACUUUGCCUGCGCAACUGCCAUCCACCCCGAAUGGCGCACCACCAGAGACACCCCUGAGAUCGAAUGCCACAUCCCCCGCUCCUAGUGAUCAUGAAACGCCUACGACGUUCGACGAGAUCACGCGAUCCAUUCACCUCUCUCGCACAAACUCGGGCCAAAGGAGUCCCUCAAUAGCGUCUCCCAAAGAGCAUAGCCGGGAUCGCAUGUCUGUGAGUGGCAUAAGCGCCACUGAUAGGACCAAAAAUCGUAUCAAGGGCCGGUCUGGUGUUGUCAUUGGCACUCUCUUCCUGCAGGCAGGAAGGUGGCCAGAUGCGCUCAAAGAGCUAGUCGAGGCAGCCAACAAUGCGCGAGCUGGUACGGACUAUGCCUGGCACGGUAAAGCUCUGGAGAACAUUCUUCUCUGCCUCGUGAUGAUGGCAUGGGCAGGGAUAGACUUUCAAAUACCUCCCGUUCUCUAUCCGGUUGCCGACAAGGCCUCUAAGGCGGUUAGAGAUGCGAUUCAGGCACCAUCUGCGGCUGGGAACCGCAUGGUCUCUCUCCAAAACCUCGCCAACUUAUUACCCGACCUUUCCAACACCAUUCUGAACCUCUACACUCGUGCCGCCAAUAUAACAGAGGAACCUCUGCCUCAGCUAGUAUUCUCCGAAACUGUAAUUCGAUUGUCGAGGCUGAUGGUCUCUGCUCGUAUCCGGGACGGCGGACUUGAUGACAAUGCUUUGAAGCACAUCGUGAUGAAUGAGCCUUUAAUCCCGUUACGUCAACCAGAACUUCCCCGCGGCACUAUUGUGCUUCGCAAGUCUGAGAUUGCCAAUUUCCUCUAUCGGGCUCUCCCGCUUGCCCCUGAAGCAGACUUGCCUGCUACGGAUGCUGUUCCGAUUAUUGUGGGUGUCAUAUCCGUCCUCAAUACUCUCGACCUGCCACGGAAGAAGGCCUUUGUCCUGCGUGAACUUCUUACCGUGAUGGUACCCAGUCUUGUCCAGGCUCGGAAGAUUGGUGCUGCAGAAGUUGGUAUUCAUCCUGCGGCCGGAUUGGCCUCUCUCAGUGACACGGCAUUUGAUGUCAAUGCUCUCGAUGUUGGUCCUGGUAACAUGGAAACGAGUGUCCGUCUUCUUCUAGCUACAAUUGGCGAGAUUUAUGGAGUACAGCCUUCGGCAUCCUAUGAGUGGGAGAAACGACAGAGUCGGAUGUCCUCUUCGGGCGGCGCACAAGAUCUUCCCGCAUAUGAUUCAAUUGCCAGCAUUGCAGAGCGCUCUUUCCGUCAUAUUGCGCUGGAUCGAUAUGGCGAUAUCAAUCUCAAGAUUGAUGUUCUAAAAGCGUGUAUCAACUGCUGUGAAGCGCUUCCCGAUUUCGAUGGCGUCCUCCGUUUCACAGUGGAGUUAUUGCAAACGAUUCGUGGAGACAUGAUGCUCAAUGAAGCUCACAGGGUACCACCAUAUCUGCCACAAGACGAACAAAUUCGUCUCUUGAAUAAUAUCAAACGCACGGUGGGAGCCGGAACUCGGUUGGGUGCGGCCAACAUGGCUGCUGAAUACUGGGAUGAUUUCCUAGUCCGUGAUGUUCAGCUUUUGGCACUACCUGAUCCACGCCGACCAGUCCGUCGAUCCAAGACAGAGCUUGAUGCCGUUACAACGGGCUCUGAAAAGGCAAAGAAGGAUCCUUUCCUGUAUAACCCCUUCGCCAAGCCCAGUAGCAAGGCUUUGGAGGUUCUUGCAGUGACUGAUGAACCUGCCUCUUUCCGAGUGACCCUUCAGAAUCCUUAUGAUUUUGAGAUCGAGAUUGAACACCUGCGGCUAGAAAGCGAGGGUGUGAACUUUGGGGCUGUGGCAGAGAACAUCAUUCUUCCUCCACUCUGUCUGCACGAUAUUAUUGUGCUUGGUACUGCUCACGAGGAGGGAAACCUUGAAAUAUCUGGCUGUAUCGUCAAAGUGCGUCAUUGCCGGGAGCGACGAUUCCCUAUCUUCAGGGAAUUAUGGAAGCCUGAACCUGAGAUCAAGUUCAAGCGAACGGGACUCUCUGCAAAGAAGCCGCUCAGCAAUCGUCCAAUGUCCUGGAGCUCAACUACAUCCAAAGAUGGAAAAGUUUUGGCGAAGAAGGGACCUCAAACGGAAACUUGCCAGGUAAAGGUCAUUGGCAAACAGCCAUCUCUACUGAUUGAGUCUAUGUCGCUCUCGCAAUCGGCAAUGAUGCUCCUCGAAGGCGAGGUCAAAUCAUUCUCCAUCACUCUCCAAAAUACAUCCUCGUGCCCUGUGGACUUUGUCUUGUUCACCUUCCAAGACUCGACCACUCGCCAGCUUCAGUCGGCCUUGAGAAAUAAGGACUUGCUUCCGGUGGAGAUUUAUGAGCUAGAAUUGAAGCUGGCCACUCAACCUGCCUUGAGAUGGCGCCGUGAGGGCCCGCAGUCCGAUGACUGGAAUAUCUCACCUGGCGAGAAGGCCACGUUCACCGUGGAUGUGUUGGGUAAGCCUGGAUUGCAAGAUACGACGGUGCAAAUUGACUACUCGUACUUGAAGAGCAAGCAGGGACAGCUGCCCGAGGUGUUUUACACGAGGCAACUGUUCGUCCCACUGACUGUCACGGUCAACGCCAGUGUGGAGGUUGCUCGUUGUGACAUCCUGCCUUUUAGUGGGGAUUUCGCUUGGAAGAAUCAUCUCGAUGCCCCGUUGGACUCGGUUCAGUCAUCAGACUCCCCAUUGUCUGCCACCGACAAAGAUCCGUUCUCUCAAAUUCUUUCCCGCCUUGGAAAUGGUGCAUACGGACCAGAUCACUGCAUCGUUCUGAUCGACCUCCGCAAUGCAUGGCCGAGCCCCCUGUCCGUAUGGCUGCGCGUGAACGAACACUCUAUUGUACAAGCCCCCGAGUCGUUCAAGGAUGACAGCAAGGGCCAGUACUCUCUCGAUGGAAGCCUCCAACCCGGUCAGGUCUCGCGAUUCGUCCUCGUUCUCCCUCGAGUCUACUUGGACAACCCAUAUGCCAGCAUUCCCGUCGUCAACACGGGCACUCGUCGCCAGUUCGUCGUCAGCGCUAACAAGCUCACAUUCGAGGCGGAGGCAGCCUCGCGUGAGGCAUUCUGGUUCCGGGAAGAGCUUCUCAAACGGAUACUCGGAGGCUGGUCCGAACCCGCUACUGGCCGCAAGGGAACCAUCGAUCUACGCAACAUCCGUCUAAACACCCGCAUGGUAGAGGCAAUGCGUCUUGAAGACAUGGAGGUCUCCUUUUCCCUAACAUCUCCCACUUCCAAUGACACACCCUCUACAGUACAACAAACUGGCCGCUCCUGUUUCCACGCCCAAACAGACGACCUCCUAACCCUAACGGUGACCGUCCGCAAUCGUUCUUCUCGUCCCCUCCAUCCCCUCCUCCGCCUCCAGCCAAGCCUACGCCACCAACCAAACAACAUCGCAUUAGAUCUGACCCGCCGUCUUGCCUGGACUGGCAUGCUCCAGCAAGCACUUCCCAUUCUUCAAGCCGGAGAAUCCACCCAAACCUCCAUCUGCGUGACAGCUCUCUGCCGCGGCGAGUACGAAUUCGGCGCCAGCGUCGAGGAAGCCCGCCUCCUGCGGCAUCUUGGGGAGGACGGUAAAGAAGAAGAUCCCGAUGCUGCUACCCGGUUCAUCGAGGAUGGGAUUAAGGAUACCUUUGGUGCGGACGUGGUUCGGCGUCGACGGAUUUGGCAUGCGAAGGAGACUUGUGUCAUCUUCGCUCGGGGUUAG